UUUUGUCCAGUGGGGGAGAAGUAAAAGACCGCAGAAUCGAGUCUUGGCGGGAAAGCCAGCGACUCCAACCGCGCUUACGGGGCUGCAGGACGAAGUAGAGGAGGCCAAGAAGAAAAAGACUGGCAGCCGCUCGCGGGAGUCUUUUACACUCCUGGCCAGGAAACCGAGAUGCAUCGUGAUUCGUGCCCACUGGAUUGCAAGGUUUAUGUAGGAAACCUUGGGAAUAAUGGCAACAAAACCGAAUUGGAACGAGCUUUUGGCUACUACGGACCGUUGCGGAGCGUCUGGGUCGCUAGAAAUCCCCCCGGUUUUGCUUUUGUUGAAUUUGAAGAUCCGCGGGAUGCUGCAGAUGCAGUGAGAGAACUAGAUGGGAGAACAUUGUGUGGAUGUCGGGUUAGGGUGGAACUGUCCAAUGGUGAAAAACGCAGUCGGAACCGUGGCCCACCUCCUUCAUGGGGUAGACGACCUCGAGAUGACUAUCGCAGGAGAAGUCCUCCACCUCGCCGCAGAUCUCCACGGAGGAGGAGUUUUUCCCGUAGUCGUAGCAGAUCCCUUUCCAGAGAUAGAAGGAGAGAGAGGUCACUCUCAAGGGAGAGAAAUCAUAAGCCUUCCCGUUCAUUUUCCAGAUCUCGUAGCCGUUCCAGGUCAAAUGACAGGAAAUAGAACUUCAGGAAGAAUGGUAUACAGGAAGUCACAUUUUGGUCUGAAGACAGUAUGUACAGAACAUUGUUUUGUUUAAGACCUCAUAAAGCUUGGUGCAUUUUAAAAAUGUUUUAGCUGUCAAAUUUUGUUUCUUUUGUAACAGGUGACAUGUAACAGUUGUGAAAAUGUAUAUGGUUUUGAGGAGGACAUUCAAAGUGUAAUAAACCUGUUCUACAUUGUACCCUUAAGCAUAAACUAUGUUAAUGUUAGCCAGUUUGCAGAGGUAAAUAAAUCCUCAUGAAACCUAUAGCAGCAAAUGUUCAUAGUCUGCUGGGUCAUAUUCUAGAAUCUUCAAAAGCUAAACUCAAAUUAACACAUGAAUUUGUAAAUCAUGAUAUUUGCUAUAAUUGUGAAUGGACAAUCUCUGCAGUAUGAAAUGUGGAAGCUUAAUUGGCCAGAAUAAACCAGUGGCAAACAAGAAGAUUGAAAACUUGCAGUUAGCCUUUUUUCUAAAUCUGAGUUCUGAUUUAUGCCAGAAUUACCAUUGUGCAAAAUGUAAAUUAAAUAUUAACACCUUUUUCUGUAGAGCACUACUGCUAAAACAGAUUUGUAAUGCAAAUUAACUGUUGAUUUGGAUAAGUACAUAUAUAUAAGGGUACAUUGUAGAUAGAAAUUUUCCUCAUUGUGCAUAAGUUGUCUUGUCACUGUAAACUCUUGAAGAUUAAAGUUUUUGUUACAAAUCGUUCUAAGAAUUUAACUCGUAUCUUGACAACCAUUCGUGCAAAAUAAAACAUGUAAGUUGACUUAGAUAUAGCUUAAUUAAAAUCUGUUAAUAGUUUGAAGGCACAUUCAAACUUAACUUCCAAGCAAAACUCUAGUACUGUUUGGCUUAGCAUGCUGUCUUCCAUUCUUGUAUUUGAAUAAUAAAAAAUUCCAAGUUUUUAACAUGAAAAGUUAGCUUGCAGUCCUGCAAGUAAAAAUUAAACACAAAAAAUAUUUUUCUUUUACAGAGCUUUACAAUUCCCCCAAAAUAUUGCAUGUAAUAUUUAUCCACAUAAGCCUUUGAUGGUUUGUGAUUUGAAUGCCAAAAUAUACAUUGAUUCUGUACCAAGAUAUUUAUUGAUCUCAUGCAUUUAAAUCCAUGCCAAUAAACCUGUUUUAAUUUCCUCAUACGUUUUAAAAAAAAUAAUUUAAAGAUCCUAAAUGUUUAAUAUUUUUUAAACAAUGUCUUCAAAGGGGGUAUCAAAUAGGAACUUCAUAAAAUUUAAUAUACUCUGUCAAGUUAUAUCAGACAUAAAGCAUUCCAUGCACAGCUCAUCUUUUAGUAGCCCAUUGUGGAAAUAGCUGUUUAAACUAUUAGUUCAGAACUAAUAAACUCAAAAUCAUGUCAUUUAAGAACAUCUGAUAA